UCGGAUCCACACUGUACGACGGUCCAGAUUUAAUCAAUCGCAAAGCUGUCUUGGCCACUAUAUAAAGCCCGCACCGAGAGAGUGAAGAGUUUCUUGCAGCUUCGAGACGUUUCGAAACGACAGCGUUAGGGGAUUUUGGAUCGCCGGCUAGAGUUUUGGUGAGAGAAAAGCUAUGGCGGAGGAGCAUAAGCACGAUGAGCCGAAGGCGGAGCAUUUGGUGGAGGAGAAGGUAACGGAGAAGAUCCACAGCCACGGUGAUGCGUCGUCUUCGUCGUCGUCGUCCGAUUCGGAGGACGAGAAGAAGAGCCGCGCUUCUCCUUCGUCGAUGGAGUCGAAGGUGUACAGGCUCUUUGGGAGAGAAAAGCCUGUGCACAAGGUUUUAGGUGGUGGCAAACCUGCCGAUGUUUUCUUGUGGAGGAACAAGAAGAUAUCAGGAGGAGUGCUUGUUGGCGCAACUGCUCUAUGGGUUCUGUUUGAAUUGUUUGAAUACCACUUGCUUACUCUGGUUUGCCACAUCUUGAUUCUGGUUCUUGCGGUUCUGUUUUUGUGGUCCAAUGCAUCCACCUUCAUCAAUAAGAGGCCACCACGUAUUCCGGAAUUUCAUAUCCCCGAAGAACCAGUUCUACAGAUUGCUGCUGCACUGAGGGCAGAGAUCAAUUGUGCUUUUUCUGUUUUGCGUGAUAUUGCAUCGGGAAGAGAAUUGAAGAAGUUCCUAUCUGUGAUUGCUGGCUUGUGGAUUUUGUCUGUUGUGGGGAAAUGGUGCAACUUCUUGACCUUGUUCUACAUAGCAUUUGUUUUGCUAAACACAUUGCCGGUGCUCUAUGAGAAGUAUGAGCGUCAGGUGGACUCAUUUGCUGAGAAGGCCCAUGGUGAGAUCAAGAAGCAGUACGUAGUUUUCGAUGGAAAGGUUCUGAGCAAGAUUCCUAUGGGGCCAUUGAAGGAUAGGAAGAAGGAUUAGAGUGGCAGACUUCAUGGCCAUUUUCAAUUAGCUGACAGUGUGUUGUCAAAGGUGGUGUGAAUAUCCAUGAAUGAUUGUCUAGAACCCUGUUUUCUUUUUGUUGUUCUAGGAUCUUCGGGUUCACAACGUGGAUUGAUAUGGGUUUUUUUUUUUGGUACUUGUUUUUGCUACAUAUAUAUGGCUCAUUUUUAAAUGGGUCUUGUUUGCUGUCGGUUACUUGGUUAUAUGAUACUUUUAUAUAUUGCAUACUAAUUAGUGCCA